CUCUUUCGUCUGAAAGCGUUUCAACUUGCACCAUCCUCAUUCAGACCUUGAACGGCCGACGAAGCUGGCAGGCUGCCCAUCAUGAUAAACGCGUUCUUGGUCUUUAAUGGCCAAGGCCAACCCCGGUUGACCAAAUUUUACACUCAACUGGAGACGAGCAUGCAGCAGCGCCUCAUAUCCGAAAUCUUUACGCUCGUAUCCAACCGACCCACAGGCUCGUGCAACUUCCUCCCUCUCCCUCCGCUCCUCGCCGCUUCGGGCACCUCGCACACCGACUCGACAGAACAGAACGACGUGCCGUCUCUCGUCACGUACAGAAACUACGCUACGCUCUUUUUCAUCGUCAUCUCGACCGCCACCGAGUCUCCGCUCGCACUCAUCGACUUGAUCCAGGUCUAUGUUGAAGCCCUGGACAAGCUCUUUGAGAAUGUGUGCGAGCUGGACCUCAUCUUCAACUUUGAGACGCUGCACUCAACCCUGAGCGAGAUGAUUGUCGGCGGCGUAGUCGUCGAGACAAACUUGGAUCGGAUCGUCGCCGGCGUGCGUGCACAAGGCACUGUUGCCAAGAGGCAGACAAACGAGGGGAGGGGAGGCGGCGGUGGUAUAGGAUCUGGUUUGGGCAUAGGGGUCUGGCAUGGAAGGUGACCAGGUAGUGGGCGAUUGCAUUCCAUACCGGGGGCAUCAAACCGUGACCUAUUGAGAUUCGCCGCUGUUGCUGCAAAGCCGUGGAGGACUUCUCCAUCUCAAGGGGUCUUGAUCGAAGCUGGUCCUUGGGCAUACCACAAAUUCUGCAAGAACCCACAGAUGCCAACCACAGCAUUGACAUAAAGCGUUGUACCGCCGCGACCCGGGACAGGAUUGCAUAUGCGAAGAGCAGGUCCAGCCCUGAUAGAAGACUACAGGUGCAAACAGGAGCGGAUCUGAUGGUGGAACAGAAAGCAGUACGCCAGUGCUCAUGCUGAAAUGCUAACGGCUACAUUAUAUUAUACAAGAGGAGGUAAGAGAGGUCGACCAGGUAUUUUACUGAGGAUUCUUAUUGAAAUCCGGGCGCGCUGUUGUGCUUUGGAUGGGAGCUUUUGUCCCCAUGUCAAGAGUGUAUCCGAACUGCGCCCAGAACCCCUUUUUGAUCUGAAAGAGUGUAAAAUCUAGUUAGGAGACGUCCAUCCAAUCUCGAUGUAAUGAAGCAGGUCAGUAAAGACCGGUUGUACGUACCCCGA